GGAAAUUAAAGACAAGCAAUGGGUGUCCUUUGGUCAUUUUACACCACCCGCCUUCCGCGACAGAUUUGCUUGGCUUCCCGCUUGGGGGCGCGCAAAUCUCCUCGUGGGCACUUGUGGAAGGAAGAGCCGCCGCAAGAUAGACAGAUAAGAGGUCAGGAGGAAGAAGAAGGUUAUAAAAUCAAUAGAGAGAAAAUUCCUUGGAUGAGAAUGGAGAACGUUGCAGGGACCUCGGCCUGGGUCGUCAGUCGAUCUUCCCACGUGAAGGUGGACUCCGUAGUUCUUGAAGAGGUUAUUGGAGAAAUUGAAGGUUCAAUUCCGAGAAUUGAAUGGGACUUCGAAGGAAUUCACUACUUUGAUAAUGGGCCACUUACUGUUCAGUACCUUCUUGUACUCGAUGCUCUGAAUUUCUGUUUUUGGCCAGACAAGGAUCUUAGCUAUGAUCAUCUUGCUCUUGGUCUAAAGGAAGCUUUGCAGAAUGACAAGUCUGCCUUGGAUGCAGAUCGUUUACAGAGUUACACUGGUCCUGAACUUCGUGAGAUGUUGAAAUGGCCGCGUCCACUUCCGUUGGAAGAUGAGCGGGCACGCUUGAUGCAUGAGGUUGGUUUAGAGCUUGACAGAAGCUUUGGUGGAAAGGCUACUAACCUUGUAAAAGCCUCUGGAAACUCUGCUCUAUCUCUCGUUGCCCUUGUUACAAAACAUUUUCCGGGUUUUCGGGAUCAUUCCUUAUACAAGGGUCACCAGGUCUUCUUUAACAAGAGAGCACAGAUUUUUGUGGCCGACUUAUGGAAUGCUUUUAAGGGAAAAGGAUUUGGUGGCUUCCAUGAUAUAAGUUCCAUAACGAUCUUCGCUGAUUAUAUUGUUCCUGCCGUACUCAGGCAACUUGGUAUUCUAAAAUACAGUUUGUCUUUAUCAACCUCUGUUGAUUCUAAUAGUGAAAUUGGUUCCGGUACUGAGGAGGAAGUUGAGAUUCGUGCAUGUUCGAUUUAUGCUGUUGAAAAGAUGAGAGAGCUCUUAAAAUCAAAGUAUGGGAAGCAGGUCUUGAGUUUGGAAUUAGAUCUUUGGCUUUGGUGUUUUGGCGUUAAGGAUCCAUCUCUGAAGCAUCACCGUACGCUUUCUAUUUACUAUUGACUUUAUCUGAAGCAGCAUCCUCAACAGUUAACACCAUUUUACGAAGUUCAAACUAAUCUUUGUUUUAGUUCUGUAGCUGUGGCAGAUUGGCAAAUCCUUAGCCAGAAAGCCAAGCACUUGGCUACUUUCUUGGCCCAA